AUGGCUUCCGACUGGCAAAGCUCCUUCACCGGCAUCGACCACCGGCCCCCCAUAGACUGGGACUCUCUCCUUCUCUUCCCCAGCCUGUACCCUUGCUCGUCAUCCGACGACGUCAGUCUCGACCCACCCGCGGCAUCUCAUUCUUCAGCAUCAGCAUCGACGGCGGCGGUCACAGAAGCAUCGGACGAUGGCCAUCACCGUCGCUACCAUCUUCUUGAUCGUUUUGAUCCCUCUCUUCUCGGUAUCGGACCCUGGAUAGCCGACAUCCCCGACGGCGACGGCGACCACAUCAGCAGCAUCCCGCCUGAUUUCAGCUUUGGCCUCGACCGCGCUGUCGGCGCUGCUUCUGCUUCGUCUUCGGCUUCUGCUGCUGCUGCUGCUGCUGCUGCUGCUGCUGAUCUAGGCUCAGCUCCUCCUCCUCCUCCUCCUCACCCUCUCACCACUGCCUCCCUGUCAUCGUCGUUCGAGUCCUGGUUUUAUGACCCUGACUCUCCCACCUUCUCCAUGCCGACAAACAGUCCCCUGCCUGAAUCGAAUCCGAUCUCGUUCGAUCCUGUCCCACCCCUCGCUUCUUCCGCGGCCAUCAUGUUUCCCCAUCUACCUUCUGCACCUCGAUCUAUUCCUGGCCCACCAAAUAAACGAUCAAGACCCUACCCUCCUCCGACAGCUUGGUCUUCGUCAUCACCACCGGCGACAAACACGUGUGACCAGUGCUUCCCGCCACGACACUUCAAGCGCCGCACCGACCUGACGCGACACGUCCAGACCACGCACGAACCCCUCGCCGCCCGCGAGAGCUUCUACUGCGACUACCAGCGCUGCCCGCGCUACUCGGAGCCGUUCCACCGACGGGACCACUGGCGCGACCACUACCGCGACUACCACAACGAGGACCUCGAGAAGAGGGGCAGGGGCCGGGCCCCCGCCGACGACGCCUGGUUCAUCAACCGCAACACCGACCCGUCCUGGUGGAGGUGCGGCCACUGCCUCGACAGGGUCAGGGUGCCCGACGCCGGCUUCGAAUGCCCUUCUUGUGGGGAGGUUUGCUGUGCCAAGAGGCGAGCUGUGAGACUAUAG